AUGCCCAGGCCAUGUUUCGAAUUGAGUCUGUUUGGUGGUCAAGCAAGAAACACUCUUGACCCAGGUGGCGCGCCCUUUGCGAGCCGAGUCACGACCUCAUGUAUUUGCUCCUGGCGCAGGUAUUGUCUGAGAAUCGCUGACUCCUCCGAAGAGAACGGUUUUCGUCCUGGAGUUGGGGGCCGUGGCCGGCGAGUCUGCAACAAAGGCAUGUCUGGAGUCACAGGAAUGUUCGGUGGGAGUGGGCUCACAAAUUAUCGUCGAGAGGGCAAAGGGGGCAAGGCAGCACAAACAAAUUGCAAAGACCUCAAGGAUUACACGUGCCCGGCAAAGAGCGCCAAUCCUGACGAGCCCUUGACCAUAUUCAGGGCAUGCCUCUAUCUGUGCAGAGAUCGUGUAUCCCGCCUUACAACAACGCACUCGUAUCUUUCUGUCCCUCGCUCGACACUGCGACUUGGUCCACCGAACUCUGUUGAUGACUAUCUCAACCAGCGGCCAGUCACCUUGUUUAGCUCACUUUUGUCCCUCUCCCUCGCCCCUGGUAUCUUUCUGCCCCUCGCCGCUACUGGUCCUGUUGAAAGAACAUCCGCUCUCCGCCUACGAAAAUGCUUGGUGAUGCAACCCAAUUGCUGGCUUUGCUCUUAUCUCAAGGCCAUGUUUCGAAUUGAGUCUGUUUGGUGGUCAAGGUGGCACGCCCUUUGCGAGCCGAGUCACGACCUCAUGUAUUUGCUCCUGGCGCAGCACCCACCGUCUUCCUCUCCUUCCACUGCUCCUCUGUAUUGUCUGAGAAUUGCCGACUCCUCUGAAGAGAACGGUUUUCGUCCUGGAGUUGGGGGCCGUGGCCAGCAAGUCUGCAACAAAGGCAUGUCUGGAGUCACAGGAAUGUUCGGUGGGAGUGGGCUCACAAAUUAUCGUCGAGAGGGCAAAGGGGGCAAGGCAGCACAAACAAAUUGCAAAGACCUCAAGGAUUACAUGUGCCCGGCAAAGAGCGCCAAUCCUGACGAGCCCUUGACCAUAUUCAGGGCAUGCCUCUAUCUGUGCAGAGAUCAUGUAUCCUGCCUUACGGCAACGCACUUGGUCGUAACACAAGUGGGCGCAGGCACACAGCUGGGCGCCGAUGCCAACAACACGGCGCAGAUAUCGUCAGGUCGUAACACAAGUGGGCACAGAUACCAAUCCAAACGGCCUCCUGGACCUGUAUUCUAUACAGGGAAAUACGAGAAGACAACCAGGGGAUACGUCCAGAAGAUCAAAUACUUUACUCCUGAUUCCCUGUUGCAUGCACCGUCAGCGCCAGCUCAGCAUAGCCAGCAAGCCCAAUUCGAUCACGAUGUAGACACAAUGGUCAUUGAUGAGUUUGCUGUCCCUUUUCACCAGAGAACGUCAGGCAAGAGCCAGAACGAUUAUCUGAGAGAAUGGGUUGCCCGCAGGGACAAGCAUCUUGAGGUAACUCUUGUCACAGAGGCCCCACCUCCUGGGAUGUAUCAUGUUAAUCUCUGGGACAGGAUUGCUAACAAUCCAAAUCUUUCCAUCUCUGAGAAGGCUAAUUUGAUCAUGGGAAUUGGUUUAUUUCAUGUCCAUGGUCAUCAGGAUGAGUGCCUCUUCCGGUUGGCGACGUCAUUUAUUCCCGGAGCUGGAAUGGUAGAUGGGGAAAUAUUGGAAAGCCUUUGGGCGCAGCUCAAUGAUAUCUCGAGGAGUACCCGCACGGCCACCCUCGCCCAUCGGGCCGAGGUCUUGGACGACCAUAUGAAUGACAGCAACUGGAAUAAAAUGGUCAACAUUGUCUCCUCAGUCAUUGCCAAGUACAGGAAGGCUGUCGUUGGUCUGGUGGACAGCAAAGACUACUUUGACCAACUGAAUAGUUCGGCAGGCGAACACAACCACACAUGGCAGGCAGAGAUUCGUGCGGCUGAGAGCGAUCGGGCGCAAGGAAAUUUGAAGGCGAUGGAUAUUAUGGCGCCAAGAAAUCCACCCAAUUGUCCAGCCCCCCUCACCACCGCUCAAGUCCAAUUAAAGCUGAUGGACCAGGAGCGCCUUUCGAUGGGCAGUACAGGUCAAACAUCUUGGAUUGCAACAGGACUCAAAAUUGAGGAGACACAGAUUGAACUAAGGUUUCUCAUUCGGCGUACUGGAAAAAAACCAACUAUGCUGCAGAAAGUUGACAUUGCUAAGAGGAGGGAAAGGUUAAGAGUGAGAAUCGAUGCUUUCAACAAGACGGGAAUGACCUUUUUAGCAUGGAACCCGGCAUUAAAUGAAAAUCAGCUGUUGCUUCGUGAAGAGUUUGAUAUGGACGAUGUUCUGCAGAUGGACGAUGAUCUGGCCGAGUCAAAUUUCAGUGGCAGCGCGCCUGAUAUCAUGGUGGUCGCCGCCACAAAGGUUGCACAAGCCCAGGCAGCGGCGCUUGCUGCGGCUGAAGCUGUUGAACAUGUGAAACUAGCCUUGCCGUCAGCCAUGGGAGAAGAGCACCUUCAGGCUCAUGGAUUACAACAUUUUUUGUCCAAAGAAUAUCAGUUGUGCCAAGGGCAAGCGAACGAUGCUCUUCAAGGUGUCCGAGUGUCACUGGCGAAUUUGUCUUUUGAAUAUGGAAGAAAGCUUCGAAAAAUCAAAAAAAGUAAAGUCAAGAAAACAAGGGCAUGGGCGACGGUGCACGCUGUUGGGCGAACGCUUCAUCAUCAUCGCCAGAUUUACUCUUAUGCCAUCGAUGCCAUUUCAAGAUUGGGCGACCCAGAGAAGAAGAUAGGGCGCCAGUAUAAACCGCUCUUGAAGGAGGACAUGAAGGCAAAUACUGCGGUAGCAGACCCGAAUGCGCGAGGGCAAAGUAGGGCAAAGCCAGCCUGGUUUUGGAGUUCCAACUUGGCAGGCGAUAUGCAGGACAACGAACAGAUGGUAGAGUGUAAAGCAUCCCUAUACCCUCCUCAGUAG